AUGGAUCAAAAUCCUUGCAAACGUUGCGGUAAAACAGUGACACACGAUGAGAAUCACUCUUGCUUUCUUCUCGUUACAGAAUCUCGAUACAGACUUGAAAAUGAAAGCGAAACUUAUGAAAAAACUAUAGUUGUCACCGGAACAAGUGGUGUCGACAUACAGAAUCAAGGGGUAUUAGGUGCAUCAGACUUGAUAUAUGCAAAAACUGAUGAAGAAUGUAAAAUGUGUGUUGAAGAGAGCAAAUGGCAGACUUUGAAUAAAGAUAAAAAGGGUUUUAUGGAUUCUAUAAAAUGUGUUAUCAGAAAUACUCUUUCAGAUAAUAAUAAUAUUUCUGAAGCUGCAAAUUCGACUGUGAAUCCUGAUCGGCUACCAGGAAGUAACGAGUCGGAAAAUGGCAAAAUGCAAGUGGUAGAUUAUGUCAAUGAUGAAAACAUUUCACAACAAAUGCAUUCUCAGGGCCACAAUAAGAACGAGAAAAUGUCUAGCGACGAGAAGAAACCUAUUUCUUCCAAGGAAGAAGACAAUGCUGUGGCUGGACCUUCCGGAAUAUGUCCUCAUAAGAAGAAAUUUCCUAAGAUCUCCUGUAGGAAAGAUACUCUUGAAACUAAUUAUCGAACGGGCACUGGCGACAAGCCGUUCAUGUGCAAUGUAUGUAAGAAAGAAUUCUCUCGGAAAGUAUAUCGCGACCGACAUUAUCUCACCCACACUGGCGAAAGACCUUUCGGGUGUGACUUCUGUGAAAAAAGUUUCGAUCGUGGGUGA